AUGUCAAGUGCUCAUCUUCGCUCUUGUACAAGCCCACGGAUUCAUUCUAAUUCUGGAAACCCUAGUCGAGUGACCCAAUUGAGUCCCAAAUCAAGACCUCAUGGUCUCCAAGAUGCCCUAUGUCUUUUCAAUCGGAUGCUCCUGACGAGACCUUUGCCCUCCAUCUUUCACUUACCCAGUGGUUAUUCAGCAAGUGUGGUGACUUUCAAUACAUUGAUGAAUGGACUUAUCUUGGAGGAUAGAACAUUUGAAGCCAUUGAGCUUUUCAAGAAGUUGACGAAAACUAGAGAGAUUGUACCUGAUUCUGUUACUUACGGAAUCAUAAUCAAUGGGCUUUGCCGAACAGGUAACGUUGACAGGGCUGUUAGGUUGUUGAGAGUGAUGGAGGAAACAAAUUGUAAACCUAGCGUGCUAAUUUAUAACACAGUUAUCGAUAAUCUUUGCAAAGAUAGGAUGAUAGAUGAGGCUUUGAACCUCUUUGCGGAAAUGAAAGAAAAAGAUAUUUGUCCAGAUGUUAUCACUUAUAAUUCUUUGCUUCAUGGUGGCUUGUUUGAUGAAGCCAAGGAGUUGUUCUUGAAAAUGAAGGAGAGUGGUUGUUUGCCAGAUGAAGUUACUUACAAUACUAUUGUUCGAUGGUUUAUUGAAAAUGAGAAGUACCAUGAGGCAUUGCAACUACUUGAAUAA